AUGUCGCGCUAUACCAGCGAUGCCGCCCACAAUAUGAAAAAUCAAGUUGACGGUUUUACAAAGAGUUUUCAGCAAACUCUGACUAGAUCACUUAAACUUUUGCAAGAAAAAGCAGAAAAUGGAAUGGAAAACAUCGAUGGUACCAAGUAUAUAAAAGCAGACAAGCUAAACGAGAUAGUGGGCUCAAUCGAAAAGAAAAAUAUUAAGGGAAAUCUAACAAGUCUCUUCCAGAAAAAACUUCAACGAUUUGUACCUAAUUUGUUAGCAAUUACUAGUGGUGGUAACAUCUUCAACGAUGUAACAUCAACAGUCAAUUCUCCAUUCAAAAACGCACAAAGUACCACUCAAAAAAUUGAACCAAAUGUCAGUGGAAAAAGGGAUGGGUCUGUUUCAUCAAAUUUUCAACAUACUAUUGCUGAUAAAUCUCUGUCACUUCAACAAAAAGUUAAGGAUGCGAAGGAUAAUAUAGACAGACAGACGGAUAAGAUGGCAAAAGGUAUUACGGACACCUAUCAACAAGGCUAUGGCAACAUAUCAGCUAUAGCCAAUGGGGCAACCAAUUGUAUCGGUGGAGAAGUCAAUGGCAUCUCGCAUGAAGUUAGUAGGGCAUACGAUCGCGAGAGCGAUAGUCUACCAUCGAACGUGAACGAUAUCAAAAAAUCCAGUUGA